AUGUCAACGUCGUCUCGGACCAUUCCACUGGGUGGCCGUCAUGCCCAUCACGAAACAGCAAGGAUAGAAGAAUACAACGAUGACGACGUUGCAGUAGCGACGUCUAAUACUCAUAGACCAAAACUCAACCAUAAAAAGACAAAACGAGAAGACAAGCAGAGUCUGGAUUACGUGGUGAAAUCUGGUAUAGCCGGCGGUCUAGCAGGCUCUGCUGCGAAAACGUUGAUAGCACCUCUAGACCGAGUCAAGAUCUUGUUCCAGACCUCGAACCCAGAGUUUAGAAAGUAUACUGGGUCCUGGACUGGCUUUUAUAAAGCAGGAAAACACAUUGUAGUUUCUGAGGGACCGCUGGGCCUGUUCCGUGGUCAUUCUGCUACUCUGUUGAGAAUCUUCCCCUAUGCAGGAAUCAAGUUUAUUGCAUACGAACAAGUUCGAGGGAUCCUGAUCCCCAGUUCGGAAUAUGAAACAUCAUUAAGAAGACUUCUGUCAGGCUCAUUAUCUGGCGUAGCAUCUGUGUUUUGCACAUAUCCAUUAGAUCUGAUUAGAGUGAGGUUGGCUUAUGACCAUACAGGAGCUGUCAAAGCAGCUCGACAGGCAUCCAAGACAGCAGUCAAUACCGCUGCUGUUUCUACUAAAUCAAGUUCAAAACUAGCUUCGAACAUGGCUUCUGCUGCUGCUUCUGCUGCUGCUUCUUCUAGUGGAUCUACUGGUACCACCUCAUCACCCUCUCCAUCUCCAACUACCACUGCAUCAAGUCUCUCCUCGGCCAACAAUCCAACUAAACGUAGUCCCGGCCGACUUGCGAGCAUUAUUACAACCAUUUAUAAUGAACCCAGUCAUGCAUCAUUAAAAAUCGCCAAUUUCUACCGAGGAUUCACACCGACAGUACUUGGUAUGAUCCCAUACGCCGGAGUAUCGUUCUGGGCCCACGACUCAUUCCACGACAUCUUCCGAUCCAAACUCUUACGAUCAAUUGCCGUCGAUUAUUCCAUGCCAGAAUCAGAACAUCUCAAUGCCACCACGUCACGACGACCACUGAAAGCAUGGGCUCAACUGACUGCUGGCGGACUGUCAGGUCUGUUCGCACAAACCGCAUCCUACCCGCUCGAAGUAGUCCGACGACGAAUGCAAGUCAGCGGUGCUGUUGGCAACCAUGAACGACAACACAUCAUCUCGACCGCCAAACUCAUCAUCCGUGAACGCGGCAUCCGCGGCCUCUUCGUGGGACUCACCAUCGGGUACAUGAAAGUGGUCCCCAUGUUCGCAUGCUCCUUUUUCGUCUACGAACGGGCCAAAAUGCUCCUCGGUAUUUAA